AUGACGUCCCAGCAAAUGGGGCUUGACACAUUCUGCAGCCCGGACGGUUCCGACCAGUUCUGGGAUUGGGACCGCUCAUGGAAUACUACAAACCCAGACUUCACUCAGUGCUUCCAGAACACUGUCCUGGUAUGGUUGCCAUGCAUCUACCUCUGGCUGUGCGCCCCACUCUACCUCAUCUACCUCCGCAGCCACAAUCGAGGUUACAUAUGUAUGAGUCACCUUAACAAAGCCAAAACUGCUUUUGGCUUCCUUCUGUGGAUUAUCUGCUGGGCAGAUGUUUUCUAUUCUUUCUGGGAAAGAAAUUCCGGCAGUGAAGUUCCUGCGCCGGUCCACCUAGUCAGUCCAACCAUACUGGGCUUUACCAUGUUGCUGGCCACUCUGAUAAUUCAGUAUGAGCGAAUGAAAGGGGUCCAAUCGUCUGGAGUAUUGCUAGUUUUCUGGCUGUUGGCCUUGCUAUGUGCCACAAUCACCUUUCGGUCCAAGAUCCUCCAAGCACUGAACCAGCCAUCAACAAUUUCUGUAUGGAGGCACACCACCUUUUUUGUCUACUACACCUUUCUGCUGAUUUCACUGAUUUUGUCCUGCUUGUCAGAUCAACCGCCACUCUUCUCCCAGGUUGUCAAAGAUCCUAAUCCUUGCCCUGAACCUGGAGCCUCUUUCCUUUCCCAAAUAACAUUCUGGUGGAUCACCAGGAUGAUGAUGAAUGGCUACAAGCAUCCUCUAGAAGAGAAACACUUGUGGUCUCUGAACUCUGAGGACCGCUCACAGAAAGUGGUACCAAGGCUGGUUCAGCGCUGGACUGCAGAUUGUCAGAAAGGAAAAAGAACAGAACAGAAGACAUUGUACUCUCCCAAGCGGGCCCAUAACACAAACAACAAGGAGAGUCCAGCUGCGGAGGAGUCUGAAAUCUUACUCGUAAAAACCACAAAAAGAAAAGAGCCUUCCCUGCUGUGGGCUCUGUGCCAGGCCUUUGGGCCAUACUUCCUCAUAUCAUGCUUGUACAAGUUAAUCCAAGACAUCCUCAUGUUUGUUGGACCUGAGAUACUUCGCCGUCUGAUCCAAUUUGUGAACAACUCCAGUGCCCCCACCUGGCAUGGCUAUUUCUACACAGUCCUACUUUUCCUAUGCACAUGUGUGCAGUCACUCAUUCUCCAGAGGUAUUUUCACGUCUGCUUCAUCACAGGUAUGCGCCUGCGCACUGCAAUCGUUGGAGCAGUCUAUAGGAAGGCCUUGGUCAUCAGCAGUGAGGCCCGGCGCAAGUCCACAGUUGGAGAGAUUGUCAACUUGAUGUCAGUGGACGCUCAGCGCUUUAUGGAUCUCAUCGCUUAUAUUAAUAUGGUAUGGUCCGCCCCACUGCAGGUGGUGUUGGCCUUGUAUUUUCUCUGGCAGAACUUGGGCCCGUCUGUUCUGGCUGGAGUAGCCGUUAUGAUUCUAAUGGUUCCAGUCAAUGCUUUCAUCGCCAUGAAAACCAAAACCUACCAGGUAGGUCAGAUGAAGAGUAAAGACAGUCGCAUUAAGCUGAUGAAUGAGAUGCUGAAUGGUAUCAAGGUACUGAAGCUGUAUGCUUGGGAGCUUGCCUUCCAGGGCAAAGUAUCAGAUAUCCGAGAACGCGAGCUACAGGUACUGAAGAAGGCUGCUUACCUUGGGGCAGUUUCUACCUUCACUUGGGUCUGUGCACCCUUUUUGGUUGCACUGUCCACGUUCGCAGUGUAUGUGCUGGUUGAUGAAAAAAAUGUGCUUGAUGCCCAGAAGGCCUUUGUUUCGCUUGCACUCUUCAACAUCUUGCGUUUUCCUCUCAACAUGUUGCCUAUGGUCAUCAGUAGUAUGGUUCAGGCGAGUGUCUCCCUGAAGCGGCUGAGAGUGUUUUUGUCACAUGAAGAGCUACAGGAAGACAGUGUCAUACGCAAAGCAGUAAUAGGCUCCUCAAACAGUAUAUCCAUAGUGGACGGAGUUUUCAGCUGGUCGAAAAACGAACCACCGACACUAAAGAUGCUCAAUGUGUGUAUCCCAGACGGCUCCUUGGUAGCUGUUGUUGGGCUCGUUGGGUCUGGAAAGUCUUCUCUUCUGUCGGCCCUGCUCGGAGAAAUGGAAAAACUUGAAGGAAGUGUGACUGUCAAGGGCUCAGUGGCCUAUGUUCCCCAGCAGGCUUGGAUACAGAAUUCAACACUGAAGGAAAACAUCAUAUUCGGCCAGGAUAUGAGUGAAGCCUGGUAUAAGCGUGUGGUGGCUGCAUGUGCCCUUCAGCCUGACAUUGAGAUCCUUCCUGCUGGAGAUUCCACAGAGAUUGGAGAAAAGGGUGUCAAUCUUUCUGGUGGUCAAAAGCAGAGGGUAAGCCUCGCCAGGGCUGUCUACUGCGACCGCACUGUCUACCUCCUGGAUGAUCCACUGUCUGCUGUUGAUGCUCAUGUAGGAAAACACAUAUUUGACCAUGUCAUUGGUCCACAGGGCUUGCUGAAGGACAAAACCCGUGUACUGGUGACACAUGGGCUGAGUUAUUUGCCGCAUGUUGACCUCAUCCUGGUCAUGGUGAAUGGAGAAAUAACAGAAAUUGGCUCAUACCAACAACUCAUGGCCACUGAGGGCGCUUUUUCGGAGUUCCUCCAUACAUACGCUGGAGUCGACCAUUCAGACAACAACGAUUUAGAAUCCAAGACAAAAAUGUUAAACAAAGGAAAGGAGAAUGGCAGUGUGACUGGUCUUUCAAAUCCUAGUCAGAGCGGCAGUACUUCCAAAAAGUCUCAGUCAGUUGAAGAGAAAGAGGAGCUGGACAAAAAGGCUAAGAACACUGAUGCAGGCAAGCUAACAGUGGGUGACAAGGCCAGCACAGGAAGGGUCAAGCUUUCUGUGUUUUGGGCCUAUUUGAAAGCAGUAGGUAUACUACUCUCCUGCCUCGGUAUACUGCUGUUUUUCGCCCAUAAUGUUCUUUCUUUGCUCUCUAAUUACUGGCUGAGUCUUUGGACUGAUGACCCAGUAAUUAAUGGUACUCAGCCUAAGAGACAGCUGAGAUUGGGGGUAUAUGGUGCUCUUGGCCUGUCACAAGGGAUGGCAGUCUUUGGUUACUCCCUAUCGAUGUCCAUUGGUGGCAUCCUGGCAUCUCGAUGCCUACAUCAAUCCAUGCUUUAUGACGUCCUCCGCUCACCCAUGGCUUUCUUUGAGCGAACCCCCAGUGGUAACCUUGUCAACCGCUUUGCCAAGGAGAUGGACACCAUCGAUACAGUGAUCCCCAGUAUUCUUAAAAUGUUCAUGGGAUCCUUGUUCAAUGUGAUAGGUUCUUGUAUUGUGAUCUUGAUCGCUACACCAUACGUAGCGAUCAUAAUUCCCUUUCUUGGUCUUCUCUACUUUUUUGUACAGAGAUUUUAUGUUGCAUCAUCACGGCAAUUGAAGCGACUGGAGUCUGUCAGCCGUUCACCUAUCUACACCCACUUUAAUGAAACGCUACUGGGCACAUCUGUCAUAAGAGCUUUUGGUGAACAGGAACGCUUUAUACGGGAGAGUGAUCGUAGGGUUGACCAUAACCAGAAGGCCUACUAUCCCAGCAUUGUAGCAAACAGGUGGCUGGCAAUACGUCUAGAGUUUGUUGGCAACUGCAUUGUGUCAUCUGCUGCUUUGUUCGCCGUCAUAGCCAGAGAGAACCUGAGUCCUGGUAUAAUGGGUUUAGCGAUCUCCUAUGCCCUUCAGCUGACAGCCUCUUUAACCUGGCUGGUAAGAAUGUCCUCUGAUGUGGAAACAAACAUUGUUGCAGUGGAGCGAGUAAAGGAGUACAGUGACACAGAAAAAGAGGCUGAGUGGAAGCAGGAGGCCUCCAGCAUUUCCCCUCAGUGGCCAACUGAAGGGUGCAUUGAAUUUAGAAACUUCGGCCUACGAUACCGUCAUGAUCUAGACCUGGCCAUCAGCAACAUCACUGUUAACAUUUCGGGAGGAGAAAAGGUGGGGAUUGUUGGUCGAACGGGAGCAGGCAAAUCAUCUCUAACACUGGGCCUGUUCAGGAUUAUCGAGGCAGCUGAAGGACAAAUUUUAAUUGAUGGAAUAAACAUUGCGAAACUUGGCCUCCAUGAGCUCCGCUCCAGAAUUACCAUCAUACCACAGGACCCAGUCUUGUUUUCAGGCACUCUAAGGAUGAACUUGGAUCCAUUUGAAAGCUACUCCGAUGAGGACAUAUGGAGGUCUUUGGAGUUCUCUCAUCUCAAGAAUUUUGUGUCAGGCCUACCGGACAAACUCAACCAUGAAUGUAGUGAAGGUGGAGAGAACCUCAGUGUGGGCCAGCGCCAGCUGCUAUGUCUGGCCAGAGCUCUGCUGAGAAAGACCAAGAUCCUUGUUUUAGAUGAGGCCACAGCGGCUGUAGAUAUGGAGACUGACAACCUCAUCCAGACAACCAUCCGCUCUCAGUUUGAGGAUUGCACUGUCCUUACCAUCGCUCAUCGACUGAACACUAUCAUGGAUUACACAAGAGUGCUGGUUUUGGAAAGAGGAAAAAUGAUUGAAUUUGAUUCCCCAUCCAAUCUCCUAGCUCAAAAGGGAGCCUUCUUCAAGAUGGCCAAGGAUUCUGGGCUGGCCUGA